AGAAAAAAAAUUGCAGAAUUUCUCCAAAAUUUUCAGAUAUUUCAAUCAGAGAUGAAGAAUCUGAACUCAGUAGUAACUCAGAUGAAGAACCUGAACUCAGUAGUAACUCAAUCAAAACUUCAAUUGCACAACACCAGAAAUGCAUUCAAAUUCGGAUCCCAAUUACCCUUCCCCAACAAUUAUUACUGUCUCUACACUUCAUGCAGUACCGGAAAUGGCAGAACCCUCACUCUCUCUUUCACCACCAACACCACCGUUUUUGCGCAGCUCAAAACCUCUGACAAUGAGAGUAGAAUUAACAAGGGCAAGAAGAAGAACAAGGGCACGGCAACUAAAAUUGAAGCACCUGAUCCUGGCGGAGCUCCGGCUGUUUCCGGCGCCGGAAGUGGUGGAAAUCCAAAAUUACCACCGCCGAAGGUCGAUUCGUGGAGGCUGAAGGGUUUGCCUAAAAAAGUGUUGUCGAUUCUCUCCAAUUUGCCCCUGGCGAUUGCUGAGAUGUUUGCUGUUGCUGCUUUGAUGGCAAUAGGAACUUUCAUUGAGCAAGGCGAGGCGCCCGAUUUCUAUAUUCAGAAGUACUCCGAAAACAGUCCUAUUUUGGGAUUCUUCACAUGGAAGUGGAUUUUCGCACUCGGAUUUGACCAUAUGUUCUCAUCUCCGGUAUUCUUGGCAACAUUAACUCUUCUUGCAGCAUCACUUAUGGCUUGCACUUCUACUACACAGAUUCCCAUUGUGAAGGUAGCAAAAAGAUGGUCCUUCUUACAAUCAGCCAAGAGUAUCCGUAAGCAGGAAUAUUCCGAUACCUUACCCAGAGCUUCGAUUAAGGAUUUGGGUCUCAUUCUAAUGGGCAACGGAUAUGAAGUAUUCUUAAAGGGACCAUCACUAUACGCAUUCAAGGGUAUGGCAGGUAGAUUUGCUCCCAUCGGAGUACACCUAGCAUUGCUGUUAAUAAUGGUCGGUGGAACACUUAGUGCAACCGGAAGUUUCAGAGGCUCGGUAACAGUUCCACAAGGUCUAAACUUUGUAAUAGGAGAUGUAUUAGGACCAAUCGGAUUCUUAUCCACUCCUUCGGAAUCUUUCAACACCGAGGUUCAUGUAGAUAGAUUCUACAUGGACUACUACGACAGUGGAGAGGUAUCGCAGUUUCACAGCGAUCUUUCGCUGUAUGAUCUUAAUGGAAAAGAAAUAAUGAAGAAGACGAUAAAAGUGAAUGACCCUUUGAGAUAUGGUGGGAUUACUAUUUACCAGACGGAUUGGAGUUUGUCCGCAUUACAGGUAAUGAAAGAUGAUGAAGGGCCGUUUAAUUUGGCUUUGGCACCGUUGAAAACCAAUGGAGAUAAGAGGCUUUACGGAACCUUUUUGCCUGUUGAAAAUUCCGGUUCUACUAAUCUCAAGGGAAUAUCAAUGCUUGCUCGUGAUAUGCAAUCGAUUGUCCUAUAUGAUCAAGAAGGGAAAUUUGCAGGAGUGAGAAGGCCGAAUUCGAAUCUUCCGAUCGAGAUUGAUGGCGUAAAGAUUGUUGUAUUAGAAGCAAUUGGCAGUACUGGCCUUGAACUAAAGACCGAUCCAGGAGUGCCAAUUGUUUAUGCUGGUUUUGGUGCUCUCAUGCUCACCACUUGCAUCAGUUUUUUAUCUCAUUCUCAGAUAUGGGCCUUUCAAGACGGAACAGCUGUGGUUGUAGGAGGUAGAACAAAUCGAUCGAAGGGUGAAUUUCCAGAUGAUAUGAACUUCUUACUUGAUCAAGUUCCUGAAUUAAUUGAUUCUUCUGCUUCAAAUCAAUCAGAAAUUAUCGGUGGCUAAUUUUAAUUAAGCCCGAUAUAUAACGGGACACUCGAAUGUCGGAAUUUUGAGCUAGGGUGAUGAAAAUUGGAAAUAAUAAUCAUUAUUUUGAAUUUAUACUAAAUAGAGAAGUGAGGCGUUAAAGAAAUCGAGACACGACCAAUCAGGUGAGAGUUUUUUUUGCUUAUACUUAAUCUUUGCAUGUAAAGCCUUUUUUAUUAUCAUCUCUUACAAGACAGUAAGACAAUUUCUCAUAGGUAUAUAUAAUGUCAUUUACUGUAUAUUGUUUUUUUAGUACAUAUAUACAUUGUC